AUGCGUGUCUCUGCCUCUUUCAUCUUAUCGGCGUUGCUCGUCCAGGAGGGCGCAGCGCGACCGUCGCGGUACCAGCCCCCGCCGCAACCCAAGAAAUCGAUCUAUAUCAUGUCCAAUGAGCCGGCGAAUAGCGUCAUCGCUGUGCCAAUUGGCAUGGACGGCAAACUCUACGGUGGUACUUGUACGGCAACGGGCGGAAUGGGUGCCACCACGAUUGACGGAGCAACCCACAUGCCCCCUCUAUCAGAUGGUCUGGUUUCUCAGUCCUGUCUGACUGUAGCUGGUCACAAACUGUUUGCAGUAAAUGCCGGCUCCAAUACUGUUUCCAUGCUGUCGAUUGAUUCGAAUGAUGCCACGAAAUUGAAGAUGGUUGGCAAGCCAGUGGCAGUCCCGGGACAGUUCCCCAACACCGUCGCGGCAUCGCGAAAGCACAAAAUUGUUUGUGUUGGCACUACCGGUGCAGUUGCCGGAAUAUCAUGCAGCUCGUUUACCAAGCAUGCUGUGGGAACCAUGGAUGCUCUCCGACCAUUUGACCUGAAGCAGACGACCCCACCGAUGGGACCUACCAACACUGUCUCUGAGGUGUUCUUCUCUGAAGACGAGAACACGCUAUAUGCAACGGUCAAGGGCGAUCCGGCCACGAAGAAGAUGGGAUUCCUCGUUUCCUACGCCGUCAAGACGACCAGCAAAGGGCCCGUUGUCAGCCACAAAGGCACGUUUUCUUCCCCGACAGGCACUGCGGUGCUCUUCGGCUCGUCGCCCAUUCGGGGUUCAAGCAACCUCUUCGUUACCGAUGCCUCAUUCGGCGGUGCUGUGCUCUCUUUCAACUCUGCUGGGGUGGCAAGCGUCAAGGGGAAGAGUACUGUCGCCGGCCAGAAGGCUACCUGCUGGGCUACCAUCUCCCCGGCGACCAACACCGCCUUCGUGACCGAUGUGGCCGUUAACAGACUUGUUGAGAUGUCUCUGAACGACGCAUCCAUCAUCGCCGAGAUUGAUCUCAGCGCUAACGGCGACCCUGGUAUGAUUGACCUCAAGGCAACUGGAAAGUAUGUUUACGCCCUGGCCCCUGGUGUUGGCAAGACACACCCGGCCGUGACAGUGGUCGACGCGAUGAAGAAAGUCCAGGUACAGCACUUUGACCUCAAAGGCUUGGGUGCUAGCAACAGGGCGCAGGGAAUGGCUCUCUUUGUCUGA